AUGGGGGAAGAAAUAUUUUUCAAGGUUUAUGUGCUAUGGAAGAGCGGUGUACCAUAUGAAGUUCGGAGAUUUGGAAUCGAGAAAAACAAACUACCAAGUUUUUCUGUCUUAGCCCAAAGACUUGAGGAAAUUAUGCCAGAUCUUGCUAAAGUCAAAUAUUCUGUUACAUGGAAAGAUGAAGAAGGAGAUGAGGUUGUUGUUUCAACUGAUGACGAAGUGAAAAUUGCUCUUCUUAAUAUGCCUCGAUUGGUGAAGUUGCAUAUAUAUUGUGAAGAAAAACCUGAUGGUGGCGAUACUCGAAAUGUUUUUACAGCAGCUGCCGAUGCUGGAGCAAGCUCUUCAGCUGAACAUUCUGGGGUUGUUUGCGACAGUUGUGAUGAUGCAGUGGUUGGUUUCCGUUACAAGUGUACUUCAUGUAUUGACUAUGAUCUGUGCACUAAAUGUGAAGCAGCCGGCGCUCACCCUGAACAUUGUAUGGUUCGAAUCCCAAUGCCCGGCAUGCCUCGUUCAGUCAUAAAAGAGGCGGUGAAGCAUUCUCGUCAUUUUUUGAAAACAGUUGCAAGCAAGAUUGAAGAGGAUCAUUGUAAGAAGCGGCGCGAACCUAGUUCGGAGCGUAAACGUAGGGGUGAACAUGGUCGGCCUCAUGGCCACGGUCAUGGUCAUCGUCACCGUAGCGGUCACGAACAUCAGCGGCGACAACACGCCAGUUGGUUCGACACCUUCGCGAGCUACAUGAACGAGUUUGCUGAUUUGACUGGCGAUGUCAACAUUGAAAUUGAUACGGGCUUCUCUAAUAAAACUUCCAACAAAACAAACCAAUCAGCCAAGGAAGCGCCAUCCUCUUCAACUAAUGAACAACCUCAAGGUCCAUCUAAUCCCCAGAAUUGUGACGUAAUCAAUAUCCAAAAAUUUCUGGAGAGAUUUUUGGGGGGCCAUAACAUUCCUCAACAAAAACAAUCCGCUUCUAACAAUGCUGAAACUCAAAAUACAGCAGAAGUGCCCGAAAACCAAAGUCAGGCAACUGCUAAUAAUGAUGUAGAAAUGGGUCAGGGUGAUAGAAAGGCACCUGAAGAGGACAAAGAAAGUGUAAAAUCCACUACAUCCUCUGAAAAGGAUGAUACACCUGAUGAAGCUGACAAUUGGACUGUCAUCAAUGCAGAAAAGGAUUUGAUGGAUGAUGAGAAGUCAAAUGAUCCAACACCUCCCAUUGGUUUUAAAUUGCCUGAAGAGUUUCGUGAUCACUCAAAGACAACUGGAGGACUGUAUCCACCUCUAAAUAUAGCAACUGCCUCAUUAAAUCCUAAAGAGCCAGAAGUAAAGGAACCUGAGACUUCAACAAAUAAGCCUCAACCAUCAGCACCAACUGAAAAACCAGAGCCUAAGGCUAAACCUGAACAAAGAAAACGCCAUCCACUACCACAUAUUGAUGCAGCAAUUGAUCAAAUGCUGGCCAUGGGCUUUACCAAUGAAGGCGAAUGGCUCACACAGAUUUUGGAGAACAAGAAUGGCAACAUUGCUGCCGUGCUUGACCUUUUGACACCAGUCAACCCCAAAAAGUAG